GNAAAAAAAAAAAAAAAAAAAAGGAGCUUGAAGGAAAAAGAAAAUGAGUUCUCUUGGUGUUGGUGUGAGUCCUGGUAAUGUCCCAGUUUACCAUGGCAGCAGAUUGAAGGUGAUUGACCGGCGAGUGAGGCUAGCAGAGUUGAUCCUAAGGUGUUUGAUAUGUGGUCUGGCUGUCAUUUCUGCUGCUCUUAUUGGGACUGAUUCUCAGGUCAGGGAGAUCUUCACUAUAAGGAAACGGGCCAAGUUCACAGACAUGAAAGCCCUUGUUUUCUUGGUGAUAGCUAAUGGUUUGGCUGCUGGGUACUCGCUGAUCCAGGUUCUGAGGUGUGCUGUGAGUAUGGUUAAAGGGUCUGUUCUGUUUAACAAGCCCUUGGCCUGGGCCAUUUUCUCUGGAGAUCAGGUAAUGGCCUACUUAACCCUGUCGGCUGUGGCUGCUGCUGUGCAGUCGGGUAUCUUUUCGCAAUUCGGUCAACCAGAGCUACAAUGGAUGAAGACUUGUAAUUUGUAUGCAAAAUUUUGUAACCAAAUUGGAGAAGGUGUAGCCAGCUCAUUACUAGCGUGUCUCUCAAUGGUAGUUCUCUCUGCCAUAUCAGCUUAUGGGCUGUUUCGUUUGUAUGGGGACGGUAAAGAGAAGAGUAGCCUGGAAUGGUGAAAAAUCUCGCUUAAUAUAUAUAUUUAAUACUAGUGGUGCUUAACAAUGUUUUGAAAGUAGUACUUGUGGGUUGUAAAAUAAAGACUGUGUACGGAUAUUGUGAAGAAUUUCGAUUGUGCAGUUACGCCUUAAGAAAUUGUUCAGAUUUUACUUGAUGAGAAUGCAUGCAAAAUAACAUAAAUGGGAACGUUUAUAUGAUAUGUAACAAAAC